AUGGAGCCAACAAUGUCAACCCCAAUAUUUACAUCGAAAGGAGAAACAAGUACUUUCAACAGUGAACAAUCCUCAACAACAUUAAUAUCCACCACAAAUAGAGAGGUUUCAUCAGAUUCCAGCUCAAGUUCCCCUCCACUAACGGCUCAUUUAACACAAACAUCUCCUGAACAAAAAUCUGAUACAACAUCAAUGGGGACCAGCACCACACAGUUCCCAUCGACUAGCCAGGAAACAUCUACAACAUUGAUGUCCUCAUCAACCGAGCAACAAUCUACACCUGUUACUACGCUUGUUACACCAACAGGAACAAUGGAGCCAACAAUGUCAACCCCAAUAUUUACAUCGAAAGGAGAAACAAGUACUUUCAACAGUGAACAAUCCUCAACAACAUUAAUAUCCACCACAAAUAGAGAGGUUUCAUCAGAUUCCAGCUCAAGUUCCCCUCCACUAACGGCUCAUUUAACACAAACAUCUCCUGAACAAAAAUCUGAAACAACACUAAUGGGGACCAGCAAUACACAGUUCCCAUCGACUAGCCAGGAAACAUCUACAACAAUGAUGUCCUCAUCAACAGAGCAACAAUCUACACCUCUUAAUACGCUUGUUACACCAACAGGAACAAUGGAGCCAACAAUGUCAACAUCAACAUUCACCUCGAAUGGAGAAACAAGUACUUCCAACACUGAUCAAUCCUCAACAACAUUAAUAUCCACCACAAAUACAGAGGUUUCAUCAGAUUCCAGCUCAACUUCCCCUCCACUAACUAAUCAUUUAACACAAACAUCUCCUGAUCACAAAUCUGAAACAACAUCAAUGGGGACCAGCAAUACACAGAACAAUGGAGCCAACAAUGUCAACAUCAACAUUCACCUCGAAUGGAGAAAGAAGUGCUUCCAACACUGA